UCCUCGUUACAUAUCCACCAAAUCAUCCCAAAUAUCAACCAACCUUGGUUCUCUAAUCUAAAUCUUAAUCUCUUUUUAGCAACUGAUAUUUAAUCAAAUGGCCGAGGAGAAGCACCACCACCACCACUUGUUCCACCACCACAAGGACGAGCAGCAGGCCGAGGACGUGGCGGUGGUUCAGGAGACCGCGUACUCCAGCUACGAUGACGGCACCGGCGCCGGCUACAGCACGACCACCGCGGCGGCGGCGGUGGUGACGGAGCCGACCGAUGCGGAAGAGUACGAGAACUACAAAAAGGAGGAGAAGCACCACAAGCACAAGGAGCACCUCGGCGAGAUGGGCGCCGUCGCCGCCGGCGCCUUUGCUCUGUAUGAGAAGCACGAGGCAAAGAAGGACCCGGAGCACGCCCACAAGCACAAGAUAGAGGAGGAGGUCGCGGCGGCCGUGGCCGUGGGGAGCGGCGGGUACGCCUUCCACGAGCACCACGAGAAGAAGGACUCGAAGAAGGACGCCGAGGAGCACGACGGCGGCGAGAAGCGCCACCACCUCUUCUAAACAGUGGUUCAAUGAAGGAUCUAGCUAGCCAGCUAGCUAGUACCUUCAGUGUUAAUUCAGUUUGAUGAUCUAUCUAUAUAUCUAAUUCUCAAUAUAUCUCGUAUUAUGUUUAUGUAUUGCAUGAGAUCUACGCGUGGUGUUUUAGGGGGUUGUGGUUCUGCAUCUUAAAUAAGAGCCUGUUUGUUUGUGGCUCUGGGUGUAUCGAUCCUGUGCUUUCUUGGUUGAUGUACUUGCUUUGUUUUGUGUCCUUUAAUCUAUAUACAAAAAAAAAAAAUUGUUUUGUA